AUGCAAGGCAACAAGCCAUCGUCUUUUGUGAAGUUUGUGGAGAAGGUCACACCAGUGAUGAAUGCCCUGCAAAUCCCGCAUCUAUAUACUUUGUGGGCAAUGCAGGAAAGGGGAAAGGAAACAACAAUCAAUACGGGAAUUCCUACAACCCGAAUUGGAGGAAUCACUCAAAUUUCAGGUGGAGUGAUAAUCAAGGAAAUCAGAAACAAAAUAUCGGUUAUGGUUGAUGUUAUUCCUCAAGCCCCCACGAACAGUAUGGAAGAGACGAUGAAAAAGAUGAUGAGUGAUAUGCAGAGGAUGAUGAUAGACCAGCAGAAGUUGAUAACAGAUAAUCAAAAUCGCGAUUUGACGGUACACGUGAACGUCCCGUUGGUUGAUAUGCUGCAGGGUAUUCCAAAGUAUGCUAAGUACAUCAAAGAUAUUAUUGCAAACAAGAGCCGAUUCACAGAGAAGCUAGGUUUGGGAGUGCCCAGACCAACUACUAUAGUUCUUGGGAAUGACAAAUGGUUAGCAAGACCCGAAGGCAUUAUUGAAGAUGUAUUGGUGCAAGUAGGGUCAUUGAUAAUUCCUGCAGACUUCGUGAUUUUGGACUUCGAGCCAGAUCCGGAAGUCCCAUUUAUUUUGGGGCGUCCAUUCUUGGCCACAGGGAGAGCACUUAUUGAUGUAGCUGCUGGGCAGCUCACCAUGAGAGUACAUGACAAAGUUGAAGUCUUCAAUGUAUACAAAGCUCUGAAGAUGCCUGCAAUCUAUGAGGAGCUGUCAGCCAUUACUGUUCUGAAUGAUGAUACACGAAGGCCACUCAUCACUUCUCAUGAUCCAUUGGAGAGAGCCCUAGUGGGUGAUGAUAUUUUUGGUGAUUCGGCGGCGUUUGAGAUGGUGCAGAUUCUGGAUAUGGCGAGCAUUUAUAUUCGUGAAGGCGAGUUUGAGCCUUUAGACAGAAAAAUGGGAGUAACUCCGAAGUUAUCAAUUGAAGAGCCUCCGAAGUUGGAGUUGAAGCCCUUACCUGCACAUCUUAAAUAUGCAUUCUUAGGCGAGGGUAAUACCUUGCCAGUGAUAUUAGCAGCAGAGUUGACCGACGAAGAGGUUAGUGUUUGUCUGGAAGUAUUGAAGUCUCACAAAAGGGCAUUGGGGUGGCAGAUAUCUGAUAUUUAG